AUGGUCAAUUCUUGGGCAAUCAUCGCAUUUGGACUCUGGUCUAUGAUUGCGGCUUCACCAAUCAAACCAAACGCUACGACCUCAGUUGCCCCAAGAUCCGGUUCUUCUAACACCGGCCGAUGCUCAUCAGAUUGCGGCAAACGAAAUUUUGUUUUCACAGGUCUGCCUUGGAAUCAUCCUGCUGUCGCAGCAAGUGGAUAUACUCCCAAGCAGGUGGAGGCCGGCAUCCGGGCAGACAUGGCAGCAAUUAUAAAGGCCGGCUAUAACAUCAAGGCUGUUCUUCUUGGUCCUGAAGAUGGCUUGGACUUUCUUUCAGAUGAACUGAAGGGUGUGGACUGGAUCGGAACGGGUGUUGGUUUCGGGGUUCGGGGGAAUCCGACGCCAGUGAUCACGCGCCGUCUCAUGGAUAUUGUGCAACUAUAUCGCGAUGAAGUGCCUCGGGCUAGGAUUCUAUUCAACUAUUCCCCUAUCACGUCUCUCUGGUCAAUUCAACAGUACUACCCACUCUCUGCAGAAUGCUCAAACACCACGGGAACUGAUAUGGGUAUUGCGAUCCGUUGUCGUGCCUGCUCUCCUUCGGCUUAG